AUGAUUGCAUUGCACAGGAGCAAUCGCGAUGUGAUGUAUGCAAAGUCGCUGGGGAAAAAGUACAGUUCGUUGCCUGAAUCGCCGUCGAGCGUGAUCUUAGAUAUCUCCCUUAUCUUCGUCCUCUUCUUUUUAUUUCUGGCGCUCGUGUAUCACUUGAUCUACGACAUCUUCGGCACAAACCUUCAUUCUUUGUUAACGGGGGGCAUCUCGAGGACCUUCUUUGUCAGUGUCUGUUUGGGGAUCAUCUUACGUACGCUCAAGAACUUGUACUUGCUCAUCCGGACAGUGGAGAGUUCGUCUGACGCAUCGGUCAUACAAUGGUACAGACAUCUCUUGACUCUUACGUUGUUCGGAGCAUACUUCCUGGCCUUCUUCAACGGGAAGGAUAUUUCCAAGCACGUGAUGCAGCUCUGGUCUAGUUUCGAUGUAGCUUCUUUUCACAGCCAUUUCAACAACAACAACAACAACAACGCAAUCAAGAUCACAUACAACCAGCACGAUUGGGAGAGAGAGCGUGAAGCGCUGAUGCAGGUCGCUGAACCUGCAGCGGCUCUUCUUUCUGACACCGUUGCUCCUAAGGUUGCCGAAGAUUGUGCAAUCCGAGAGAAAGCGCUGAUGCAGCAGGCGAGCGAAAGGAAAAGAAUGCCUCAUCGGCUCAUGCAGGAAUCGACCCGAGGGCAUGAGACUGCGCAGUGGAGUAGUGUCGGCUCAACUCCCGGCAGGGAGCAAGGAGGACCUUCGAGUGCUGCAAAAGAAUUGGCAGCGAAAAUUGCAAACGAGCAGGCGUUAGCAAGCAUGGUGAAUGAGCCGCUAGACAUCUUUGACGACGACGAUAGCACCAGGAUCAAGCGACUGGCGAUCAAGAAUGCAUUUCUGCAUGCGUGGGAGGCCUAUGAGAUGCACGCUUUUGGAAAGGAUGAAGUGCAUCCGCUUUCUCAGCAAGGGCAUGACAUCAUGGGACUUGGCGUGACAAUCAUCGACGCGCUUGAUACAAUGCUGGUCAUGGGGUUGGCAAGCUCGCCGGUUUACAAGAGGGCGAGAAGUUGGGUACAGAGUGGUUUUGAUCCGAAACCGAACAAAGAUAUCUCCGUCUUUGAGGCAACCAUCCGCGUUCUGGGAGGGCUGCUUUCUGCUUUCGGGCUGACAGGAGAUCGCAUGUACGCUGAGAAGGCGACUGAGCUGGGCGACGUUCUGCUCACGGCGAUGCAAACUCCGACGGGACUUCCUGCUUCUGUUAUCAAUCCCAAGCUCGGCUCCUCCAAGCAAAGCUUCAUCAACCCCUAUAACGGCAAUCAGUGCAAGUUCGGCGAUCCCACCACUCUGGCCGAGGCGGGCAGUGUGCAGAUGGAGUUGCAGUACCUGUCGCAUAUCACAGGAGACCCCAAGUACGCGGCAGCUGCUGAUCGUUCGAUCGCGAAGCUUCUCAGCCUCGCAGUGAAGAGCAAGGACAAGCCGGAGAAUCCGCUCUUUCCUGUCGACGUGCACCCGAGGGAAGGGAGGUUUGUAACCGACAGAAUCUCCAUGGGCUCAGGAGGAGACAGUUUCUAUGAAUGUAUCUUGAAGCAAGCAAUUCUCCGUCCGCUCUCGGCCGGGCAUCUUCGUUCAAUCUUUCAGAAUGUCACCGUAAGUGCAAUCGAGAAGGUUGGAGCAGAGGUGGAUGGUCUCUCGUUUCUCGGACAAUGCUCCGUUACAUCCCCCGAAACGAUGAAGCGGAUGGAGGUGAACGAGACAUCAGCAUCAUUGUUUUGCCGUGACGUGAUUAUGAAGCACCUUGCUUGUUUUGCUCCUGCGAUGCUGGUGCUCGCGUACAACGAAGACAGAUCGCAAACUGCAUACCUGGUCGAGGCCGAGAAUCUUAUGCGCACUUGCAUGAGCAUGUACCAAGUGACGCAGACAGGUCUGGCAGCCGAGCAGUACGACAUCAAGGUGAAGCCAACCAAGCUGACACCCACUGUUCGCCAAAAGUAUUCCUUGCUCCGACCUGAAGCUGUUGAAAGCGCCUUCUUCCUAUGGAGGAGGAUCUACCGCGACUUCGGCUGGCAGUUCUUCAUGUCUCUAGAGAAGUAUUGUAGGAGGAGCUUCCAAGGAGGAGGCUACACGGCGAUCCUCGAUGUAGACCAUGCAGCCUCAGCUGGCAGCGCGAGCGAUGCCAACCGGAUGGAUCGACUUGACUCCUUCUUCUUCUCCGAAACCCUCAAAUACUUGUAA